CGCUGAUAAUGAGUAUCCCACUGCAUCUUUAAUGAGGUUGAGAAGACAACAAUGUAAUUACACCUUUUUGUUUACUUUUUAGAACAAAUGUGCUCAGUACUGGCCUUCCAUGGACAGAGAGACAGAGAUUUUUGAAGACUUUGUGGUGAAAAUCAGCACAGAAGACCAUUUCCCGGAUUACGUCAUUCGACACCUCACCAUUACCAACAAGCGGGAGAAGAGCUUGGAGAGAGAAGUGACCCACAUCCAGUUCACCAGCUGGCCUGACCACGGGGUUCCUGGCGAGCCGCACCUUCUCCUCAAGCUGAGACGUCGUGUCAACGCUUUCAAAAACCUCUUUAGCGGGCCGAUAGUAGUCCACUGCAGCGCCGGAGUGGGACGCACGGGUACCUAUAUCGGAAUCGACGCCAUGAUGGAGGGUCUGGAGGCAGAGGGAAGGAUGGAUAUUUACGGAUAUGUGGUCAAACUUCGUCGCCAGCGAUGCCUCAUGGUGCAAGUAGAGGCCCAGUACAUCCUCAUCCACCAGGCUCUGAUAGAGUACACCCAGUUUGGGGAGACGGAGAUCCACCUGUCAGAGCUGCACUCCACCCUCAACACCUUGAAGCAGAAGGAUCUAGGCUCUGAGACGACCCUUCUGGAGAUGGAGUUCCAGAGACUACCAAAGUACAAAAAUUGGAGGACUUGCAACACAGCAACAAGCGAGGAGAACAAGAAGAAAAACCGUUAUUCCAGACUUGUCCCAUUUGACUACAACAGAGUUCUCGUGAAACUCGAGGAUGAGGCUAGCCGUGAGAGUGACCAGGAGGAUGAGGAUUAUUCAACAGACGAAGAUGAUGAAGACUUCACCAAAUACAUCAACGCCUCAUACAUAGACGGUUACUGGGGUCCCAGAUGUCUAAUUGCUGCUCAGGGACCUCUUCCAGACACCAGAGCAGACUUCUGGCAAAUGAUAUUCCAGAAGAAGGCCAAAGCACUUGUCAUGCUUACAGACUGCAUGGAAAAUGGCAAGGAGUUCUGCUCACCAUAUUGGGGCGAUGAGAAAAUGGUCUUCGAGGACAUUGAGGUGGAAAUGAAAGACAGCAACAGCUGCCCUGCAUAUGAAACCCGGUGCAUCGAAAUACGACACACGAAGAGGAAAGAGAGCCGCAAAGUGUAUCAGUAUCAUUUCCCGAGGUGGACUGAGCAGCACCUUCCGGAGACCCCCGGAGACCUGGUGGACAUGAUAAAGAGCAUGAAGCAGAAGUUUGAGUAUGACAAAAUGAGGCCCGAGAGGAACAUGCCAGUCGUGGUUCACUGCAAUGAUGGAUCAACACGGACCGGUCUCUUCUGCGCACUCUGGAACGUUCUGGAGAGUGCUGACACGGAGAAGCUGAUGGACAUCUUCCAGGUGGUCAAGGCUCUGCGUAAGGAGAGGCCGGGGAUGAUGCUCAGCUUUGAGCAGUACCAGUUCCUGUACAACGCGGUGGAGCAAACGUACCCCACCCAGAACGGCGAGGUGAAGCAGAACCACGCCGCAGGAGCUGCGCAUGUGGUAGACGAGACCGAGGAGGCCAAGAAGGGCCAACCGGAGGAGAGCGCUGCCGGAGGCAUCCAGGAGGGGGACACUAACCCAAAGGCCUCCGAGCAAGCGGAACAGGGCGUUCCCUCAGCCGGUGCCCGAACGGAGGGAGGCGGCAAGGCCGAGUCCCAGGCGGGGGAGGGGGCGGUCGCAGAGCCCACCACGACCUCCGAGGACACCAAGACGUCUCCGGAAGCGGAAGGGGUCGCCAACGGUCCCGAUGUAAUUGUGGAGCUAUAA